AUGGACCCCACCCAGGCCCUGCCCUCCUCCCUCAGCCAGUUCCGGGAUCGUCUUUUCUGGGAUCGCUUUUUCAAAGACAGAAAUUCAAAACCCUUCGAGUGGUAUGGGACAUAUUCGGACUUUAGGGGGGCCCUGGGGGCCCUGGGCCUCCUGCAGGGUUCAGUUGCAGAGGGGGCCCCCGGGGGGCCCCCCGGGGGCCCCCCGGGGGGGCCCCCCGGGGGGCCCCCAGGGGGGCCCCCCGAGGACCCCCUAGUCCUCCAUGUGGGCUGCGGCAAUUCCACGCUAGCUAAGGAGCUCUAUGAUGACGGCUACACGCAAAUAGUAAAUGUGGAUUUUUCUCCAAUUGUCAUUGAGGAGAUGAAAGAGAAAUACAAAAAUAUAAAAACCCUAAAAUGGCUUUGUUUAGAUAUAAAGGGAAAGGGCCUCCAGGAGGCUUUUCUGGGCCAGGGGGCCCCUGGGGGCCCCCCUGGGGGGCCCCCCUCAGGGGCCCCCUCGGGGGCCCCCCCCGAGGGGCCCCAGGGGGGCCCCCCCUUUGACUUGGUACUAGAAAAAGGGUUUUUAGAUGCUUAUCUUUCUAUAGAUCAUGAAGAGCCAGCAGCAGAGGAGAGGGGCCCCCAAGAAGUACCCAGUCGGGGGGCCCCCGGGGGCAGCAGCAGCUCUGAGGCCCCAGAGGGGCCCCCCAACGGGAGCCCCCAGGGGGGCCCCCAGGGGGGCCCCCAGGGGGGCCCCCAGGGGGGCCCCCAGGAGGGGGCCCAGGGGGCCCCCUAUGACUAUCGAAAGGCAGCAGCAGAAUACUUCGAAGGCGUUUUGGAUGUGCUGAAGGAUGGGGGGUCUUUUGUCCUUAUAACCCUUGCGCAAGAUUAUAUUUUGAAGGAACUGGUUCGGUUUUUCUUAACUCGCCAAGUUCAAAUAGACUUGGUCUUUUGCCCCUCAGCUGACAGCAUAUCUGAGGGGGGCCCCUCAAGUCAACUGCAGCCAUUUCUAAUUAGGGUUAAAAAGGGGGGCCCCCAGGGGGGCCCCCAGGGGGGCCCCCAGGGGGGCCCCCAGGGGGGCCCCCAGGGGGCCCCCCAGGGGGCCCCCCAAGGGGCCCCCCAGGGGGCCCCACAAGAAACAAACGGGCAGAAAGGGAUCCGGGUACCGAUGUGCACGCUGUCAAACGUACCUGGAAAAAAGGGCCCUGAGACGUUUCCUCUGUGGGAACUGACAAGUACUGCAUUGGGGGAACUCGCCUGGACCUUCGUCACAGAAGAGGGAAACCAGCAAGUGGCGGAGCAGCUGGACGUGGGGCGUUUGUUGGUGGUGACAUUUCCGUUGGGGUUUGAGGAAAACGAAAAAGAAACAAAAAGGGAAAAUGGAGAAAUAAAAAACGAAAAUAAAAAAGAAAUUAAAAAAGAAAUUAAAAACUAUUUUAAUGAUUCUUUUGUUUCUUCUAAUUGGACUCAUUUAAUUCAAGAAGCUCAAAAGACUCUCGGGCCUCUUCUCAGGGAAUUCGCCUUGGACUCUGAGACUCCAAUUCCCAUCAUGACCAUGGGAGACCAAGUCCCUGUCAGGUCCAUUUUACUUCGACAACAUUCUUCUUUUUCUGGACAAAUUCUCGUCAGAGAUGUCCAGGACACAACCCUUUUAGGGGACUCGAGUUCUUCAGGGGGCCCCCCUGGGGGCCCCGCGGGCGCAGAAGGAAUGGCAAGAUUGAGGGUACCCAACGGGGCUUCGCCCACGGACAAUUCCAAAGUCGAAUUUUUGUUCCAAGACCCUGCGGCUGCUUAUUACUGCGCCAUUGUCAUGGCGAUGGGCUACUCGAGCAAACUCGCCUCUUCUCACUGGGGGGCUUGCAACACAGUCAACGCCGUACUUCUGGGACUAGGGGGCGGAGUUCUGGGCUCUUUGCUGCACCGGCUUUUUGGCUGGUUUGGCCUGGCGCUGACUGUGGUGGAAAUUGACCCAGAAAUAAUCAAAGUGGCAAAAAAUUUUUUCGGAUUCCAAGAAAAAGAAUCUCCUUUGCUGCGCUGCGUCUGCAGCGAGGGCCUGAGCUACGUGCAGCAGCUGCCUGCUGCUGCUGCUGCUCCCGCUGCUGCUGCUGCUGCUGCUGCUGCUCCCGCUGCUGCUGCUGCUGCUGCUGACGCUGCUGCAGCAGCAGCAGACAUACUAAUAAUAGACAUAAACAGCGGCAGCAAAAGCGACGCUCUCGUGUGCCCCCCCAGGGCUUUUGGAGAAAAAGAAACUUUAAAACUUUUCAAAAAGAAAUUAAAUCCAAAAGGAAUUUUAAUUACAAAUUUACUUUGCAGGUCCAAACAAACCAAAAAGGAAUUUUUGGAUUCUUUAAAGGAAGAAUUUUCCUUCGUCGCGGUCUUCAAUGUACCAGAGGACGUAAAUGAGGUCUGCGUCGCCAUCAAGGAGGGGCCCCCAACAGAGGGGGGCCCCCAACCCUCAGGGGUUUCUUCAGCAGAGCUGCUGCGGCGCCUGCAGUACUUGGAGCGUUCGUUCCUGCAGCACACGGGCAGCAAAGGGGGUUGGCUAGCUGGGCAAACUUCGAAGGAGUGGGUGGAGAGGCUCAAGCCCUGGCCUUGCCCCGAAGAGGAAGCCUCAUGA